AGACUGUACAGCAGGUGUAGCUGAACUUGAGUCGAAAAAAUUAUUACUGCAACAUUUUAUCGGCAAUGUUACCAAGCUUUUUGAUUUAUAUUUCCUAUUGAUAUUGAUAACAAGAAAUGCAUAAAUUAUUAACCGACCAAAAACUCUGGUUCAUCAAAAAUUGAAGGAAAAUGCUGCCUACCCACAGAAACAGUGUCUACUGGUUCAAACAGAAUUUUAAAUGAUUUCAACGAAUUGAGCCGAGGGAACAGUGACAUCACGUCAAUCGCUGACAUUUCAGUUGAGGUAACGCAAGAAGAAGGCCAUGGAUAUUUUUAAAAACCGUCAUUUUAUAAACUAUAGAUUUAUUAUUUCCUGUUAUGGAGUGUGGCCACAUCAGUCUGGUUGCAACAAAUAUUUUUUGAGAUUUCUUAUAACAACAGGAAUAUUCAGCAUUUUCACACCCAAGACUAUCAAGUUCAUUGAAUACUUUGGCGAUAUUGAUGGCAUGAUUCAGUGUAUUCCUAUGCUUUGUGUGCAUUUAUUAGGUUUUGUUAAAUUUAUCAAUUACAUAUUCAAUGCGAAAUCAAUAAAACGAUUAUUUUUGUUGAUUGAACGCGAUGGAAAAACGUUGAAAAGUGAAGAGGAUAAAGAAAUAAUGGAAAGAUGGCUAAUACGUACUCGAAAAAUAACAUCUGCUUAUACAGCUGCCAUGUUUCCAAUACUAGGAUUGUUUUUGGCAUCACCGGCUAUACCGAAAGUUUUGGACAUUAUUAAACCAUUGAACGAAACUCGUAAUCUCAUAUAUUUAUACGAAACGGAAUAUUAUGUUGAUCAAGAUGAAUAUUACGUUCCAAUUCUGUUGCACGCGUAUUUUACUGUUCCACUGUCUGUUGGUGGUAUCGUUUUUUUUGACAACAUGCUCGGGACAUUUAUUCAUCAUGCCUGCGCAAUGUUAGAAAUACUCAGCUUAUAUUUGUCAAAAAUACACAUAGAUAGUGAUACAAAAAAAAUUUAUGAUAAGGUAAAAUUGGACAGAAUACGUGAGAAAAUAAUUCACUGUAUUAAUAUGCAUCAAAAUAGUUUGGAAUUUGCAUUGGAACUAGAUGCAUCUGUAAAUAUUGCUUACUUCAUAGUAUUGGGCUUAAGUUUAUUAGUUCUUACUGUAACUGGUAUGACGACAGUCAUAAAACUGCAUCAACCUGACGAGGCAAUUAAAUUUGGCGCAUUUACAAUGGGCGCAUUUUUUCAUCUUUUUUAUAGCAGUUUUCAAGGACAAAUACUCAUUACACAAAGCGAAAAAGUCUUUUACUCUAUCUAUGAAUCUGAAUGGUAUAAUCUCCCUCGUUAUCACCAAAAUCUUCUGAAUAUUAUUCUAUUGAAAAGUAUUAAGCCAUUUACAGUCAGCGCAGGAAAAUUAUAUAUUCUAUCAAUGGAUACAUUUAGCAUUGUACUCAAAAACGCCAUGUCUUUUUUCACUGUUUUGUCUUCAAUGCCAAAUUGCAACUUUCCAACAACCCAAGGAUACAUUUACAUUAACACUGGAGACAUCAUAAUGGACAACACACUGGACAAUAUAUUGCGUGUAAAUCGAAUUCUCUUGUCAUCACUCGGACAAUGGCCACAGCAAGAUCGAACUUCGAAAAUAUGUACGAUUAUAAGUGCUAUAUUUUUUCUAAUUACUCAAGGAUAUUUACAGACUGGAGGGAUGAUAGCUGCAUGGUGUGAUACGCCAAUUUUUAUGGAAUCGGUACCACCAGUUUUAAUAAGCUUAGUAAUUGUCUUUAAAUUUAUUAACUUUAACUACCACGCUGACAAGAUGAGAACACUUCUCGAAAAUAUGCAAGCCGAUUGGAAUUCAAUAAAUGAUGAAGAAGAAAUAAAAAUCUUAAUCUCAUGGACUAAAGAUAGUAAAAAAAACACAAUUAUGUAUGCAGGUGCCGUUUACGGAUCUAUGGUUCCUUUUAUGCUGGGUCCAUUGUUGCCCAUAUUUUUCAAACUCAUUCCUGAGAGUUUGUUGCCCGUCAACAGUAGUAUGGCUUUAGCUAAACCAGUGAUGUUUCAUGUCGAAUACUUGUAUGAUUUAGAUAAAUAUUACUUUCCGAUAGUUAUUCAUUCAUAUUUCGGUACAAUGACAUACAUCACUACCACCGUUGCAAUUGAUUCAAUGUUCAUGGUUUAUGUACAACAUGCAUGUGCAAUAUUUGCCAUUGUCGGAAAUCGUUUGGAACAUCUAGUGGACCAUGAUAAUAUUGAUAUUAAUUUGAAACCAAAUAUUUUGAACGACGAAUCCUAUAGUCGAAUGGUCAAGUGUAUUAUUGAGCACAGUAAGGCUCUUGAGUAUGCGCAGUUGAUUGAGUCGGCAAAUUCAUUUUCAUUUAUUUUUCAAUUGGGAUUCAAUAUGGUUACCAUCAGUUUUACUGGUUAUCAAGCUAUGACAAAAUUGGAUCGUCCUGACGAAGCUUUCAGAUAUGCGACUUUUACAAUAGCCGUAACAACUGUUUUAUUUUAUUUAAGCUGGCCAUCGCAGAGAUUAGCUGAUGAAAGUACACGAAUGAUUGAGUCCACAACUAGAUCCGCAUGGUACCUGACUUCGAUUAGAUCACGAAAGCUACUUCAGCUGUUUAUACAGAAAAGCUCUGCUCCAUGUCAAUUAACAGCUGGGACUUUUUACAUUUUGAAUAUGGAAAAUUUUAGCGCAGUAUGUACAUUCACUAUGGUUUAA